CGCCCCCACCACCCGUUGAUCCUCACCACACACACGCAGUAACCUGCGGCCGAGUCAUUCCAAGCCGCCUGUCUGUCGCCUCCGUGAGAUCUAUGAUUAAAGGCAACGGCGGAAGAAAAGCAACUGGGCUCACUCUAUUUUCACUAUCGCCCGAAGAAAUCAGCGUAGGUCAUGAAAUGCUAUCCGGAUAGCAUGCAACAACGGCUACUUUGGUGAACCAACUACGGAGUUAUUACUGGACCCGUACUGUCUGGUAGUCGAACAGUACAGUAGCUAGCUGUUUUGUUUUGGAACAACUUGGCGAAAACGAGGAUCGUAUGGAGAACAGAACUGGAUAAACGGACAUAUUUUGACCCCUCUCUGUCGUCAGCACGGUUUUCAGCGUGAAGAAGAGGUAUUUUUUUAUAUUCGUGGCUUUUUGCCACCGGGCUCAUUUGGGCAAACUCCAUGAUUGUUCAGGCAGUGUGCUGUGCCGACAUUGGGAAGAGGGACGCCAAGGGGGAGAGGGGGAGCCCGCUACGGGAGUAGGCGAAGUUUAGCGGAGGAGACAGACUGUCUGGGCAGCACGAAUCGACGCGGACCCCGAGGUUUCUAAGCGAUUACAAUCUACAAGGCAACAUCAUCUAUCAUGUGAACACUGAUCAACAGCGGGCUUUUUGUUAUUGAAAUGGUUUUCGUGGUCGCACUGUUGUAAAGGCCCUUUUGGACCCGAUUCAACUGCAAGCUUUUGGUAGAUCUGCUUCGUAGACUACACUAUUCGGCCAUGGCGUUGGGUAUGCAGAAUUGUUCUCAGUUCUGUCGCGUUUCAUUUUUAAAAAGCUAAAUUCCUGUUUGUCGAAGUACUCUAUUUCUGGCUGGUUACGUUGCUAUUGGACAUUGAAAGAAGCUGAGAGAAGUAACGUUUACCGAACAGCCAGACAGACCAGGCGGCAUCAGCUAGGCUAACCCAAGUAACUGGACGGGGAUAUUGACUGUCAGCGGGGACCAUGCACCCAUGAACUUGGACUUGAAAGCGCCCGAACGGAUUCACGCCGCAAUCAAAACCUCAGCCCGUUGUGAUGUGUUUUGCCUUGAAGGAUUACCGAUUAAAAUCCUGCGACAGAAUAAAGCUAAAAGACAAGCAAGAAGCAAAAGACCCACGUUUUCAUAGUAGGCUAUCAGCUUGGGCGCAGACGGAAUCAAUUUAGGUUUUUUUGGUGUGUGUUUUUUCAUUCGCUUGCUUGAGGAACGAAACGACGCGGCUCUGGCCAUCUGAUAAUCUGCACUUUCUUUGCGACAAUCUGAAUACGCAUGGAGACAACCUACAUUUAAGACAUGUGUUGUCGCCUUGUAGCGCAAUCAAGCAUUUUACAUCCAUCACUCAAAACAAUCGGGAACUCUCCUCACGUUCGGGGAAAGAAGUGAAAACUAGGGAACUAUUUGGACGCAUUGGGCGGCCGGGACGACCCCGUUCUGCGGAGCGGCAAGACAUGGCUCUCUCGGCCCGGAUGACUGUUGGGGAGCUGGGUCUGGUGCUGUUCUCUCUGCUCUUGCUUACCCCCGUUGCUGGUGGUCAGGGCGGUGUUCUUGAGUGUGCGUAUGUGGACGAGCAGCAUCACCGUGACAACAGCAGUGUUUACUGCAGAGAGGGCUCGCGCUGCUAUGGCGUCUGGGAGAAGAAGGAUGGAGAAACAAUACUACGCAAACAGGGUUGCUGGAACCACGUGAGUGAGCCGCAGGACUGUCACGAUGAGCAUUGCAUCAUCAGCAGCAGUUCCAAUGGCAAUCACUGGUUCUGCUGCUGCAGCGCACACAUGUGCAACGCCAACUUCACUGACACAUGGAUACCCCCCACAACCAUCCCCGAGCCCGCAGAUCCGGGGCCGGAUAGAGAGGAGACCAUUGUGAUCGCCUUGGCGUCUGUGUCCGUGGUAGCAGUUCUCAUUGUGGCGCUCUUCUUUGGCUACCGCAUGCUAGCAGGUAACAAGCAGGGCUUGCACAACAUGGACAUGAUGGAGGCCGCCACCUCUGAGCCCUCUCUGGACCUGGACAGCCUCAAACUACUAGAGCUGAUUGGUCGAGGGCGGUACGGCUCGGUGUUUAAGGGUUGCCUUGACGACCGCACGGUGGCGGUGAAGCUGUUCACCUACACCAACCGCCAGAACUUCCUGAACGAGCGUUCCAUCUACCGCACGCCGCUGCUGGAGCACGAGAACAUUGCACACUUCCUCCUGGGCGACGAGCGCACCGCCCCUGACGGACGCACAGAAUACCUACUGGUCAUGGAGUACUACCCACACGGUUCUCUGUGUCGGUACCUGAGUCUGCAGACUGGUGAUUGGGUCAGCUGUUGUCGCAUGUCCCACUCUGUGACCAAGGGCCUGGCCUACCUACAUACAGAGCUGUUACGUGGAGACGUGUAUAAGCCCGCGGUGUCUCAUCGUGACCUGAACAGCCGGAAUGUUCUGGUGCGUAACGACGGCACGUGUGUCAUCAGUGACUUCGGCCUCUCCAUGAAACUCACUGGCAACCGCCUGCUACGCCCAGGAGAGGAGGAGAACGCAGCCAUCAGCGAGGUGGGUACUAUCCGCUACAUGGCGCCUGAGGUCCUGGAAGGUGCGGUGAAUCUGAGAGACUGUGAGUCGGCUCUGAAGCAAGUGGACAUGUACGCACUGGGCCUCAUCUACUGGGAGAUCUUCAUGAGAUGCACCGACCUGUUCCCAGGGGAGAGUGUUCCGGAGUACCAGAUGGCGUUCCAGGCGGAGGCGGGUAACCACCCGUCCUUUGAGGACAUGCAGCUACUGGUCAGCAGGGAGAAGCAGAGGCCCAAGUUCCCCGAAGCAUGGAAGGAGAACAGCCUGGCGGUGCGUUCCCUAAAGGAGACGAUGGAUGACUGCUGGGAUCAGGAUGCGGAGGCCCGCCUGACGGCCCAGUGUGCAGAGGAGCGGCUGGCGGAGCUGAUGCUGAUAUGGGACCGCAGCAAACCAGUCAGCCCCACACUCAACCCCAUGACAACUACAGCACUGCACAACGAGAGGAAUCUGACGUCCAGUCGUCGCUUGGCCAACCUGCCCCCCUACCCCGACUUCUCCUCCUCCUCCUACAUCGAGGACCAGGAAGUUGGGGGUGUGGUCAAGAACCUGCAGGCCGACGCCCCCUUCUCCUCAUCAUGUCCCACCCCUGCCACCUCCCUGCUGGCCAAUGGCGUGUCAGCAUUCGGACCGGGAGCCAAUGGCAUUGCGGGGACGGGGGUGGUGGUGGAGAAGAACCGUAACUCCAUCAACUACGAGAGGCAACAGGCUCAGCAACAGCAACAGGCCCAGCAGCAGGCCGGCUCUCAACCGGGUCCGGGCCAGCUUCAGACAGGGUUCGGAAUCGGAUCCGGCCCUGGUGCUGGUCUGGGUCUCAGUAAUGGCGCCGUUCCUGGCGCUGGCCUCGGUCUUGGUUCUGCUGGUGGUUCUGGCGUGUCGGGUCACGGUGCUGGUGGUGUUGGUGGGGGUGCACAACCACAGCAGCAGCAGCCGAGUCCCGAUGGGGGGGGCAGCUCCACUGGCAGCCUGAGUCUCAGCCUGAGCCUGAGUCUGAGUGGGGGCUCCAGCGGCGCCACCUGCAGUACCACGGUGGCAACUACCCCCGGAUCCAUCUCAGCAGCCUCCUCCGCACUCAUGGGGGGCUCCGACGCAUCAGCAGCAGCAGCUAUGGGGGGGCUGGGCUCGCUCUCGGCCGAUGACGCAGGGCUUGGACCAGGGAUGCUGGGUAGUGGAGUAAGUGGUGGUGGUGGGAGUGUUAUGAACGGACCUGGAGCUGCGUUGUUGGGUGGCAGCUCCGGUUCUGGUGGCGGGUCAUCGUCAACGGUUCCGGCGUGCCUGCAGCUGACCCAGGAGGACCUGGAGCCCAGCAAGCUGGACCCGCGCGAAGUGGACCGCAACCUGAAGGAGAGCUCUGACGAGAACCUGAUGGAGCACUCGCUCAAGCAGUUCAGCAGCGGCAGUGGUGGUGCUGGCACCAACAACACCAUCGACCCACUGGGCCCUAAUGGCACCGGCGCCAUUACCAGUCUGCGAGCCGGGUCGGGGUUGGGCUCUGGGUCGGGAGGCGACUCUGCUGCGGCGGCGUUGUCGGCGGCAGGGGGUGUUAUUGUUAACGGUGUUGGUGGUUCUGACCCGAUGGGCAUGAGCUUGGGGCUGUUCCCACUCCCCAAACAACAGAACCUGCCCAAGAGACCCAGCAGCCUCCCUCUGGCCCCAAAACAACCCACCGCUAACACCACCUCCGCUUCUUCAUCGUCCUCCUCCUCCUCCUCUCGUUCGCGUCUCCACAACCACAAGUCCAACCUGCGACAGCUGGAGGCAGUGGGCGGAGCCAAGAUCAACUCCAACUCCAACUCCGCCCCUCUGGUCGCCACGGGCCACGAGGCCCAGCCGGUUGCUGUGAGCAACGGAGCAGUCGGCAAUGGCGGGCGGUCUGCUGUGGUUGUCAACGGUUACGCCGGGGGAGGCAACAGCAACCCUGCGGGGCCCCGACAGGACGUAGAUGGGCGGGGCUUAUCAGAGCAAGAUGGCCGCCUGCUAGCCAGCAUUGCCAGCAGCCCUGACGAGCAUGAGCCUCUUCUGCGCACAAAUAGUAACAACAACAACAACAACAAGAUGGCCGCCACGGCAGCACACUCGCACUCGCGCAGUCUCAGCAACACACACGCGGGCGCUAAUAAUAAUGUGUGAGCAUAUGUGUGUGUGUGGGAGCGUAUGUGUGUGUGUAUGGUAAUGGGUCUUGGCAGAAUUCCUAUUCAAAACUGAAUGACUAGCCCCUCCCAACACGUCAGCUCCACCAAUCCCCUUUCAGCCUGUAGGGGCGGGACUAGAACGCUCUGUGGAACACUGGGCUGACCAAUCAGAGCUUGAGGGGGCUUGAGAAAGGAGUGGAGGAAAGAGGACACCAAGACUGGAUAUUUCUCAAAACUCUAGAGUGCGCACUUCCAAGUGUAUCAGCCUAAAAUUAAUCACGCCCAGUGAUUGGAUAUUCUUUGGUGAACUCUGCGGAGUAUCCAAUCACUGGGCGUGACUAAUGAGGCUGAUACACUUGGAAGUGCGCACCCUAGAGUUUUGAGAAAUGCCCUCUGUGUGAGUGUGCUUGCGUGUGAGUCUGAGUGCGUGCGUGUGUAAGUGAGGAUUAUAACAUGUGCGUGUUGCCUUCAUGAUGACGCCAGCUUCGGACAACCUGCUUCCCCAUUAGCCAGGAGCCAAUCACUCUGUCUGUCUGGGUCCAUGGCUUCUCUCCCAAAAUGCACUGGGGCGCUUCGACCUAUGACCCUGUCAUGGAGGUGCGUGGUCUUUGGCUUUUUGGAUCCUCCGCUCUCCUCUCAUGUUCUCUCCUCUUCUCGUCUCUUUUUAUUUUAUGCUGUGUGUGUGCUGCACCGUGCAGUAUGGUUCGAUUGCCUAUAUACAGUGCGUACUGUACAUACAUGAGUGAACCUGAUCUACCUGCUCAGCUAGCUAUGGAUUUGGACCAGGCUACAGACAGCUCUCUACUAUGUGAACUUGGAUACUGACACACAGACACACACACACACACACACACACACACACACACACACACACACACACACACACACACACACACACACACACACACACACACACACACACACACACACACAAGAACACCAGAACGUUAUGGCUGUUAAGGUCACAAUCUAACAUACCGGGCUUAUAAACGUCUAU